AUCGUAGUGUUUCCUAAAAUUAAAAAAUAUCCUUCUUUCAACAUUUUCUUGAUUUCAUAUCUCAAUUUUGAAUUAAUCAGCUAUGUCAGAAAGGAGAUUCCGCUUUGGUUACGUACUUGCAUCAAAAAAAGUUUCCAGUUUUAUUCAAGAUUCACUCAUCAAUCAUGCCCAAGAAAAAGGUAUUGAUCUAAUCCCAAUAGAUCUUAAGAAACCAUUAAUUGAACAAGGUCCAUUUGAUUGUAUUUUCCACAAACUAUAUGGUCAAGAAUGGAGAAAACAAUUAGAAGAAUUUGCCAUUCAAAACCCAACCACCAUUAUAGUAGAUCCAUUUGAUGCAAUUGAAAAGCUUCACAAUAGAAUUUCAAUGCUUGAAGUUGUUAAUGAAAUGAAAAUAACUGGAGAUAAUGAAACUAUUGGAAUCCCAAUUCAGAUUUUUGUUGAAGAUAAUUCUGAGUCUCUUUUCGAUGCGAUUACUCGUCAAGGUUUGCAUUUUCCAGUUAUUGCUAAGAAUUUGAUUGCUAAUGGCACUGCUGAUUCUCAUCAAAUGUACUUAGUUUUGAAACCUGAAGGAUUAGAAGGGUUGAAAAAGCCAGUUGUUUUACAGGAAUUUGUGAAUCAUGGGGGUGUUAUUUUUAAGGUUUAUGUAGCUGGGGAUCAUGUGAAAUGUGUGAAAAGAAGGUCAUUGCCUGAUAUUCCGGACGAAAAAUUGGAGACAUUGGAAAGUUUGAUAUCUUUUUCACAGAUAUCUAAUUUGACUGAUAAGAUUGAUCAUAGUUUUGAUGAACUGAUUGAGAAGGCGGAGAUGCCACCGUUGAGUUUUGUGAAUGAAGUGGCUAAUCAGUUGAGGGAUGCUUUGAAGUUGCAUCUGUUUAACUUUGAUAUGAUAAGGGAUAAUAAAGUUGGAAAUAGGUAUCUUGUUAUUGAUAUCAAUUAUUUCCCUGGUUAUGCUAAACUGCCAAAUUAUGAGAGUAUGAUGACUGCGUUUUUCCUUGAUAUUGCACGCGAGAAGCAAGACAACGAGUCUCGUUUGGCUUCCGAAUGAUCAUAGCCAAUGUAGUUGUUCUACAGUUAGUUCUUUACUGUUUUAUUUCAGUGGCCAGAAAAUGGAAACAACACUACUGCAGAUGAUGCUGAAGUGUCUGAAAUAAACUUGCUUAUUCAGGUAGAUGUGAAUCAAAAGAGGCUAACUGCUCUGAUUACCUACAUUUGUUAGGUGAGGUGCAAUUGAUGCUUCUCGGUGUCCUUUCGUUUUCUUAAGUUCUUUAGUUACUGAAAUGUGGAAUAACUUGGAAAUGGAUGGUAAUACUUCAAAGUUUCAACAUGUCCUCUUGAAGGAAGUUUUUAAUUUUGAGGAAUUGAUGUUUUUCCAACAUGUUUUACUGUAAUAGUAUAUGAGAUUGCUUCA